UGUCAUUUCUAACAAUCUCAGACUUCAUCUGCCAAGAAACGUAACUAGAGGAUUUAAAACUGCAAUCCUGGAUUUUAUACCGGAAGACAAUUAGAUCAUGGAGAAUGAAAAAGAGGGUAAACAACAACAUUGAUGACAAGUGAUGACAUGGAUGCAAUAGACCUUCUUCAGUUUCAGGCAAUGUCAGGAAUUGGUAGCGUGGCUGAAGAUGUUGCCACCCUACGGCAAAGCUACAGCCAACUGGAGGAGACAGUCUCCACCUAUCAACAAGAAACCAGCGACAAGAUCCUGUCUCUCAGAAACACCCUCAACACCUUACAGGAGGACAUAAGCACUGCUCUUGCACAAGUGGCUGAGGUCAAGAGCAACCAGAAAGACCUACAGAGAGACCUCGACCGCAUACAGGUCACAUAUCACAGAAAAGGAUCAAGAGGGGAGGGAUCAGUGGAUGGUCACGCCUCUCUUUCCAGCCAAACAGACCUUAGUCGCAUUCAACAUUACAUCAGCAGCUUGUCAGCCAAUCAGAGCUCUUAUCCUGAGCAUGACAGUGUUGGCCAAAAGAAGUCUCCCGUGUGGAGAGAAAGAAAAAACAGCAGAGAUUUGACCGAGCAGAACAACUCAAGUUUAACCCAAAGGCAGGCAGCAGCCCUGGAGCUGUUAGAGUCUGAGAGACUCUAUGUGUCUUAUCUAUCACUCCUCCUAAAAGCCAACAUCACUUUUAAUGGCUCAGAGAGCAUCAAUCUGAAGGACAAACGGUCAUUUCCCUCCUCUCUGCGUUUCCUAAUUCAGCAGCACCUGGAACUCCUGCACAUCCUCCAGGAGAGAGUUCUUAAGAGCCACUGGCAAGGCAUCAUGGGAGAUGUAUUCCUAAGGCUCACCAGCAAAGAAAGUGAUUUUCUGGACCACUAUGUAUCAUAUUUGAGUGAACUGCCUGAGUGUUUAACCGUUAUCAGUUUAUUCUCCUCUUCAAAAGCAACCUUACUGGAGGUACAGAGUGGCAUCACCGGAGAUGAGACACGCCAGUCCCUGUACUCUCUGCUUCUACAGCCUGUUCAACGUAUCCCAGAAUACCAUACACUCCUGCAAAGUUUGUUGCAGCAGACAGAAUCUGAGCAUCCAGAUUAUUACCUGUUACUGGUGUGCGUACAACAACUCCGAUCUUUCACAACACAUUACAGCCACCUGCUACAACACAACCAGGAGCUGCUCAUGCACAAUCAUGCCCUGCGAGAACACACACACAACCUGUGCACACACCAGCAGGAGCGGCCCUCACACAGCCGAAAAGAGCUCAGCAGGUCUACAGUAAGACAGCUGUAUAAAGUGGACUAUGAGAGCUCAAAAAACUACAGCAUCACCAAAGCUGAUCCUUCUCAAGGUUUGCGGCGUAACAAACGCUACCCUGACUACGAAGUAUCACCCUACAACUACGAUCCUGAAAUCCCAUCAUCUAUAUCUCUCCUGCCUGACUCUGAUUAUCGCCACAAACCAGUAUCAGUUCCUCUGCACAGCAUUCCAGAAACAGAGGGAACCGGAUCAGCCCUCGCUGAAACUCUGGGUGCACUCCUUUCAUAUGGAGGUGGAGAUGCUCGGUGCUCAAGUCCAUCCCAUUCCUCUGACUCCAGCAUUGAUAUCGCCUUUGUGCACUGUAGCCCUUCCCACAGCCCCCCUCACCAGUCCCACAGCAGGGGGCGGAGCAGUGGGGAUGUGGCUUAUAGGUCUAUCAGAAGCUGUGUGUCACCUGACUCAGCAGACAGUUUGAGACCUCAUCCCCUACAGGCAGUACAGAAAAAAAGCAAGUCACUAAAUGGCCUGCAGAUGGACAGUGUUGAUAGCCACACCCAUCACAUGAGAAAUCCAGCCCAUCCAAAGCUGGAGCGUCAGACAAGUGGCAAAACAAGACUGAGGCCUAGCAGUCCAAAACACAGAUAUGAGAUACACACCGACUCAGAGGAGCAACCACGGUCGAUGCAUCAAAAGGAUACCAGAAGCCUAGUGUGGGAAGACCUUAAAUUGAAGGGCGUGUCUGAUGACUAUGACCACACCCCUCUGAGUGAACGUAGUAGGAAAGAAGCAAAAGGAUUUAGGAACUCCUUCAAGAAACUCUUUAAGAAAAAGUCUAGUGAUGGAAAAGAGAAGACAACUGUGAAAGCCGAGUGUGCGAGCAGUGGAGACGUGGAGUCAAACAGAGUCAUUCACACUGGAGAUAUUGACAGAGGAACUGCUGUUUGAACAAACUCUUACAGAGGAGACAUAUAUUAGAACAUACACUGCCUUCAAGUCAUACAUUGACCUUAAUCACUCAAAUUAUUAACAUAAACUCACAUUUGUUUGGAGGGUGGGGGGCUGAGAGAAAAAAACAAAAACAUCGACAUGACAUGACUACACACAAACAUUCAUGCAAAACAUCCCAUGAAAUCAAAAUGGAAAUUUUUGGGCUUGAGUUGCAGUAUGAACAUUGUACCCAAAAACAAGAUAUAAAACUCAAAAAAAUGUUGGGUUAAUUCAACCCAGCAUGGGUCAAAAAUGGACAAGCCCAACUGGUGGGUUAUUGAUUAACCUAUGCUGGGUUGUUUUAACCCAUUUUUGGGUCAAAUAUAACCAUAUUCUGGAUUAAUAUAACUCAACAGUUGGGUUUGUCCAUUUUGUGUGAAGCAUUCAAAACUCUCACUUCCACCAGUAAACUUCAAACUGUUUUAUGACAUCAUUCUGCACUUCAGCUUCUUAUCAAAUUCCAGGCUGUGAAGUAAAAUGAAAUGCUUUUUUAAAAAGGGGGAGGAGCCACCCAGUAUGUCCCGCCCUAAUUUCAUAUAUCUCUUUAAUCUCUUGUACAGCUGGACCACAGUGAUGCAGCAUGAUAUCUGAUAAAAACUACAAUAUUGAUUACUUUUUAUCAAAAUACUUCUAAAGAUAUAAAUUAUGUUAUGUGUAUGUGUUAUUUUCCAUAUAUGAAGUGUGUACAUAAAUGGCUGUAAUUAGACAAAUAAAAACA